CAGUGUUGUUGUGUUUUUGUGUUGGCGAUGUAAGCGCGUCAUCCGGGUAUUUCCGUACACGUGCGCGCGCACGCUGGGUCGAGGCGGGGGCGCGCGGAAGAGAACGUCGUUCUGUGUGUCGUUCAUUCUUCACUGCAGCGCGGAAACGCGUCAAAACGCGACGGAGAGCGACCCGAGCCGCAGCGACGCGCGACAUGGACGGACUGUUUCACCAGUGGGGACCGUCCCCGGUGUCCCAAGGCCAUCCGUACGUGGAGAUAAUCGAGCAGCCGAAAGCACGAGGGAUGCGUUUCCGCUAUAAAUGCGAGGGUCGAUCCGCCGGCAGCAUCCCAGGAGAGAAGAGCAACGACACCACAAAAACACAUCCCGCCAUCAAGGUUCACAACUACAGCGGGCCGCUGAGAGUGCGGAUCUCUCUGGUGACCAAGAACCAGCCCUACAAGCCACACCCACACGAGCUGGUGGGCAAAGACUGCAAACACGGAUAUUACGAGGCAGAUUUACAGGAGCGGCGGAUACACAGUUUCCAGAAUCUGGGUAUUCAGUGCGUGAAGAAGAAGGAUGUGGGAGACGCCGUUUCCUGUCGCCUGCAGACACAGAACAACCCCUUCAAUAUCCCCGAGCCCAAGAUCUGGGAGGAGGAGUACGAUCUGAACGCGGUGCGGCUGUGCUUCCAGGUGUCCAUCACGCUGCCCAGCGGAGAUCUGUACCCCCUGGAGCCUGUCGUCUCUCAGCCCAUCUACGAUAACCGAGCGCCCAACACAGCCGAGCUCAAGAUCUGCCGCGUCAACAGGAACUCCGGCAGCUGCCGCGGAGGAGACGAGAUCUUCCUGCUGUGCGAUAAAGUGCAGAAAGAGGACAUCGAGGUGCGGUUCUUCCAGGACUCGUGGGAGAGCAAGGGCUCCUUCUCUCAGGCCGAUGUUCACCGGCAGGUGGCUAUCGUGUUCCGCACGCCGCCCUACCGCGACGCUAACCUGACGGAGCCGGUGCGUGUGAAGAUGCAGCUGCGCAGGCCGUCCGACCGCGAGGUCAGCGAGCCCAUGGACUUCCAGUACCUGCCGGCCGACCCGGAUGAGCACAGGCUGAUGGAGAAACGCAAGAGAACCGAAGGGAUGCUGCAGAACCUCAAACUGAGCAGCAUCAUCACAGGAUCCUCUAUGCCUGCAGACCGACGGCCGUUUAGUACCGCUAAACGAACACUAGGCAUGUCUAAACCCACAGCGGCCUGCAGCCUCCCGCCAGUGGCGUCUGCGUCUGCAGGUGUGUCGGUGAAGCCGCAGACCUCCUCGUUCUUCGCUCCUGCCCCGGGUCAGCUCUUCACUCCGGUCACUCAGAGUCCGCUCAAGCUGGAUCCGCCGGCCUCGAGCUCCACCAGCAACACCUGGAAGUUCCUGCAGAGCCUGACGAUGGACUCGCAGCCCAAACCCGCGGUCUUCCCGACCCAGAGCAUGCCGCAGGACUUCCCCACCGUCAACCUGUUGGACCUGCAGGACUUCCCCGUGAGCAGCUUCAUCACAGCGGAGCAGAUGGGCGCUCCGAGCGCCGCCGAGCCCGGCCCCGGCCCCGGCCCCAGCACCGCUCCCCAGGACGCCUUCAGCGACGAGCUGCCCGAGUUCCCCAGCUUCUCCGAGGUGCACGGCUCCGACGUGGACAACAUCAACAUCGAGGAUUUCCAGGCGCUGCUGGGUCAGAGCGGCCUGCCGGGUGAAGCCAGGUCUGCGGAGGACCCCACGGGGCCCGGCUCCACCUGGAUGUCCUUCCCUCCCAGCAUCGCCAGCCUCAUCCAGAGCGAGAGCAUGAUGGAGAGCGGGGCCCCCGCGGCCCCGGCCGUCCUGGACGAUCUGGAGGUGCUCAACUCCAUCGACGACGACCGCUUCAUGUCCAUCUUCACCAGCUCGAACCAGGUGGGCUUUCUGUCCGGACACCCCACCUAGAGCUCGGGAGCCCUGGAGCCCCCCCGCGGCCCGAGGGCCCUUAUAUUCCUGAUGACUUCUGUAACGGUCUUGUGUACAGUGUUUUCUCCUCGCGUAUCUUACCCUGAAGCAGGUUCACCAGCUAAACCAGACAGUGCCUUACUGACCGGCUCAGCCAAUCACUGCGCAGCAUCCACAGCCUCGCCGACCAAUGACUGCUGAGAACACGGAGCGCUAGCUCAGUUAUGACCACUGCAGAAUGCACUUCUUAAACUAAGAAGAGUUUAACACUUUUAAAGGAGUAUCACACCAUUUUUUUUUUAAACGGUAAACCUGUGUUUUGCAGCCAGGAAUUAACGUUUUCACUUGAUAAUUUAAUUAAUCUGUUAAAGUGUAAUCAGCUGAAGGGAUAAAACAUUAAUUAUUCUUUUAAGGUUUUAUGCCGUUAUUUGCUUGCUACCGAUAAUACAUUUGUAUUAAAUCAUAAAUCCAGAAAAAUUAAGACAAUUUUCUGAAAAACAUAAAGAUUUCAUAGGGCACUAUUGUGUAAAAAUGUUAAUACAUUAUUAAACUGUUCAAAUGUUAUUAUAAAAAUGUAAGUAAGACUUAUUAUAAAAGAAAAGUAAACUUGGGAUUGAGAAGAAUAAGUAAAAACCGAUUUCAAAAUAAAACUUGUAUUAAACUUGAAGGAAUUAGACAUGCUUUUUAAGCACUACUUUAUUAUAACUCAAAUGUAAUUUAAACAAUAAAAUGGAAUCCAGGAAAACUGAAAGUAAAUAAAACUGAUUUCACACGGCCCUAAAUGUCAUUUUUGUUCAACUUUAAUAAAUAGUUUAUGAAAUUGUGUAUGAUUUCAAUCAAUCAGACAAGCUUUGUGGUAGCUAAAGUGUAGCUGCAGGAUUGUUUAUCUGGUGCGGGUCCAGUCAGAUGCUGAACUAAAGGCAUCUCUGGAGGUUUGGUGAGGCUUCGUUCAUUCUCCCGUCUGCUGGUUUAUUCUGGAGAACACGUUAUGCAUGAGUACAUCUGACCAUAGCAGCCCUAGCACUGACCGCUGCGCAUUCACACGCUCGCAGAAGGGAAACUCAAAGGACUUGUACAUAUUGCUGAAGAGCAGCUGUGUGAGAAAGAGCUGUAACGCAGGAGUCCUUCACGAUGCUGUGUUUGCGGCUUGCAUGAGAAGAGACCGAGACGACCGUUUCUCUGUUUUGUGGCCUUACUGCAGUUAAACCUCUUGUUUUGACUGCAUCUGAGCAUUGUACAAAUUAAAUAUGCUUUUGUACUAUCAUUUGAGCUGUAAUAAAUGCAUUUACAUCUCACAA